AUGGAAUUGGAGAUUGGAGCUACUCAUACAGAUCAGACACUUGAGCCUUGGUUUCCGUCUGAUACAUCUACUGGGUACCUUCAAGAUGCCAUUGCAGGCAGGGGCAUUUGGUGCAAGGAGAAAAAUUUACUAUCCUGCUCUAAGGAUCAAAAGGUAGAUGAAUUUCCAAUGUUUUCCACAACAACGGCCCAAUCCUUCCAUGAUUGUGGCUUUACACACCAAAAAAGGUUCGUCACUUCAAACCUAUCAUCAUCACCACAAGGUGACACACAUGAAGCUGCAAUCAAACAUGAUCCUGCUUGGAGUAGCUAUGCAUAUGGUCAAAGGAAGAAAAUUGCUUACCCCUUUAAGUUGGUGAAGUCUGGAGGAAUUGAAGGGGAAACAACCCUCAAAGAUAUCAAUAACCAAAUUCUCACCACCCCAUCAGCAUCAAAGCCAAUUCCUCAUCCUGUGAAAGAUUCUGUGACAAAUCCAUGCAAAUUGGUCCGAGAAAGUAUUGGUUUGUCUGGGAAAGAAGUGGCAUCCCUUACUAGGAUUCACACUCGGGGUAGAGGUUCCAUUACCAUUAUUAGGACCAAGGAUUAAAGAGAAGUACCCUCUCAUUCAUGUGUUACAUAUGUCAAUGUCAGUGCUUUUUAGCAUAAACUAUAACUCCUAGUGAUGUUUGUUUUCUUGGUUUAUGACCAAAUAUUACAAUGUAAUGACAAAAGGACUUCCUGUUGCAGUA